UCGAGCAUUUGAUCCACGACGGGUGUACCAACCACAUUGGAAUCCCUAUUUCGAACGUAACCGGCAAGAUCUUGGCUAUGGUUAUUGAGUAUUGCAAGAAACAUGUUGAUGCUGCAAGUUCUGAUGAACUUGAGAAGUGGGACGCUGAAUUUGACAAGAUUGAUCAAGAUACUCUCUUGAAACUCAUCUUGGCUGCUAAUUAUCUUGCAUGUUUGACUACAGCAAACAACAUCAAGGACAAGACACCAGAGGAGAUUCGCAAGAUUUUCAACAUUAAGAAUGAUUACACCUCCGCGGAAAAGGAGGAAGUUCGUCGCGAAAAUAGUUGGGCCUUUGAAUGAAUCUGUAGUCAAUUUAGUCUCCAGUGUUUCGUCAAUUUCUCUGUGUUAUGCUUUGUUUUAUUCAUGAAAGAACUAUAUAAAGUUUUAUUGAUUAUUAUAUUUUGACAUCUUAUAAUCUCAUUCUCAGGCA